GUAUGAUGUUGGGAAAGACAAAUUUAUUGACCUGAUGGAACUUAAAUUAAUGAUGGAAAAACUGGGGGCACCCCAGACACACAUAUCCCUGAAAGAGAUGAUUAAAGAAGUAGAUGAGGACCACGAUGACAAGAUUUCCUUCAGAGAGGUAAUUACUAUGUUAAACAGCAAAGUAGAUUGUUGUUUUAAAAAAAAAUUUUUUGUUCAGAUUUUCCCAACUUUGUGCUUCUUAUUCAUUACUACUUUGCGCUUCUUAUUCAUUAGCAAUACUACUAAAAUAUCCCGAAGGUAGAUAAUUACUAAAUAAAGUCGAAAUAUAUUUUUCUAAAAGCUCUUCACAUUUUCUUCUCUUUGAAGUUUUUGCUGAUAUUUCGCAAAGCUGCUGCUGGUGAUCUUCAAGAAGACAGUGGUUUAUAUGAUCUCUACAAGAACAUGGAUGAGAUUGAUGUUGAUGUUGAGGGGGUGAAGGGAGCCAAGAACUUCUUUCAAGCCAAGGUUUGUAACGCUGUGCUCAUGUAGUUGUAAAAUGCUGUUUUAUCGGAAUGCACUUGAUAAAAGUUAAAGGCAAUCGCCAGUAACUUCCCGUAUCCCCCGCCAUCGCCCGAUAGCGUUUUAUACUGUAUCGCCCGCUGUAGCCCGCCAUCGCCGGCUCUAUACACAUAGCAAAUAAACGAUGUAUUGGACCAUAAAAGUUUGGUUUAAAAUGGUAAACAAGCUUUAGUUGGAAAGUAGAAAAGCUCUACUUUCUCUUCCUUUUUACCGGAAUGAAAUACAUUGAGAAACACGCGAGCUACACAUUUUUGAAUCUCAACAUUGAAAGCAUGGCAUUCAGAUACCUGGAAAGUUUGGUUCAGCCUUCAGUGUCCAAUAUUUCAAUCAAUUCUGACAGUGAUAGCGAUUCAAAUGAAAGUGACAUUGAAAAUGGAAUAGGAGAAACACCUUUUGAAAGUGUAAAUAACAGUGAAUUUGAAAACCAGAGCUCUGACGACGACUCGACAGGUGAUGAUAGCAAUAAUGAAGCUACUCCUACCUAGACUUUUCCCUGGAGUGCUAAUCUCAAUCCAGUGGAAAUUGACAUGUUUACAUCAGGAGUUGGGCCUAAUCUUGACAAUGUAAACGUUGAAUAUCAGUCACAGCCAUUAGAAUUUUUAAAUUAUUUUUUCCUGAUAAUUUAAAUUGAAAUUAUUGCUGACCAGACGAAUUUGUAUGCUGCCCAGAGAAAUGCAAACAAUUUCACCCCUGUCACAGUCAGUGACAUUCAAACCUUCAUAUAUAUAAAUAUGAUGUUUGGUGUCCACAAAUUGCCUGCCUAUACGAUGUACUGGUCAACAGAUCCUCUAUUAAAAGUUCCCUGUGUAGCUGAUGUGAUGUCCAGAAACAGGUUUCAGGAAAUUUCAAGAUACUUCCAUCUGGCUGACAGCAGGUAUUUCAUACCGAAGGGACGAGAUGGAUAUGAUGCUCUAUAUAAAAUUAGACCUGUGAUCACAGUUCUCAAAGCUGCCUGUAAUUCACUUUACAGACCUGGAGCUGCUAUAGCUUUUGAUGAAGCUAUGAUACCUUUCAGAGGUUGUCUCUCGUUCAAACAGUAUAUAAAAGGAAAGCCCCACCCAUGGGGUGUCAAAGUGUGGUGCUGCUGCGACUCGACAACAUCAUUCCUUUUAGACUUUGAGUUUUACACUGGAAAGUCGGACACUGUGAUGCCUAAUGGACUGGGUUACAGUGUCAUUCAAAAAUUAGGACAGCCAUAUCUUCAUAAAAACCACCAUUUUUAUUUUGAUAAUUAUUUUUCGUCCGUGAAAUUAGCACAGGACCUGCUAUCCAGCAGCACAUAUUCAUGUGCAACGACACGACAGAACAGGAGACACUGGCCCAAAGACCUCAAAGGAAAAUUAAAUAAAAAUCAGUGCCAAAUGAGGCAGAUAGGGAGUUUGGUUGCAUGUUGGUGGAGGGACAAACGUGCCAUCUCCAUGCUCUCAACCAACGCCUCACCUACAAUGGACACUGCAUCACGCCGGACAAAAGAAGGCCCUGUUGAUAAACAGAUCCCCCAGUCUGUUUUGAUCUACAAUGCCAAUAUGGGUGGUGUGGACAGACAUGAUCAGCUGAGAUCAUACUACCCUAUUGGCAGAAAAAGUCACAAGUGGUGGAGAUGCUGCUUAUGGUUUCUAAUUGAGGUGGCGGCGCUGAAUGCAUACAUCUUGUACAAAAACAUGCCACGCCCCCCGACAUCAAAGCCAGUUUCCCAUUUCCAUUUUCAUAUGGACAUUGCCCGUAGCCUAAUGAAAGGCUCUUCAAGGAAAAGAAGGCAGGUGGAGGUCCCUGCUGCCGGGGGUUUGGCUGUUCCUGGAACUUCUGUGGAGCAUCGCAGGAUUCGGCUCCCAGGGCGCAAAAAACAAUGUUUUCAGUGUCGCCAGAAAAAUAUCCGCACUGAGUCUAAUAAAAGACCUGAAACUGUGUUUGGGUGUGUGUUGUGUAACACACACCUUUGUGAUGAGCUGUGUUUUGCUCAGUUUCAUGCACAAUUAAACUGAGGUUAAAAUUUAUCAAUAAAUGUUAAGAAAUUAUCCUUUAAAAUUGUAUUUUUUAUAUAUUUUUCAAAUUAAUGAUUUUUUUUAUUAUCUUACUUCUAAACAAACCCAUACAUAUUUGGUAUCAUCUGAUAGGUAAUUCAUUUCUCUUCACACUGAUAUUUUUUUCACACCAUUUAGAUUUUAAACUAGUGAGGUGCAUUGAUUUUUGUAAAAGAACUUAAAUAGUUGUUUAGAGUUGUUCCCCUUACGUUGGGAUAAUAUGGAUGUUUUAAUGUCAAGGCUAGGGGAAGUUAAUGGUUAAUGAAACUUGAAACGUUUUAAAUUUAUAUUUUGCCUUUUAAUUAAAACUAAACUGUUUUAUUACCAUAUAUUGUUUAUGUGUUAUUAGACAUUAGUGAAGCAGAGUUGGCAAAAAAUAAACAGUUUUAAUGAUUUAAUUGGUAGUGCUUGAAAAGUAGCAAGCCAACAAAAUAUUCUUUUUCCAAGUGUAUCUCAUGAAGAAAUUCUAAUAUAGGGCAAUUUCUUGUCAUACUCCCUAGCUGAUAGAUGAUGAGUUAAAUGGCAUUUGAGUAACUACAUUUUUGACCAUAUGAAAUGUAUAGCUGCAAAUACAUACUAACAUAUAUAAAUAGAGAAAGGUUCCUUAGAUAUUUGAGGUGGGGCAUAAACAGAAAUCUUGACAAUUCCUGGGCUUGAUUUCCCUUCAGAGUUUUCUCCCUUUUGUCGCAAUCAUGUGAACUCGGGCCAAAAUGACUUUUCACACCACACCAAGAAGAAAUUGGCAAACUAUUUUGUCAUAAAAUAUUAUUUUUUUUCUUUGAGCAGAUUCAAAAACAAACGGAGAGCACUAAGUUUGAACAGGAAAUUCGACAAGAACAGGAAGAAAAGAAAAAACAAGCAGAGGAAGCAAAAGAGAGGAAGAAAGCUUUUAAAGAAAAAGCAAGUGUGUUCAAAAGUGCAGACAGCUAAAACUUACAUGAAAUAAGAAAAAAUAGAUUUAACAUAAUAAUACAUUAUAUAAUAAUCUUAUAUCUAUCUUCGCCAUGAACUCCUAAAACGAAUUUAGAUCAUAAACUUUUUCUGUUACAAAAAGUCUAAUUUUUUUAUAAUUUCUUUUAAUUUAUUGUUAGUUGUGAUACUAACUUGAAAUUUCUUUUUCAUCUAAAACAUUUCAUCACCUCAUAUAGAUAGAUAUCUAUACAUCUUCAUAAUGAGCAGGAAGGAGAUAUCUAAGAUAUGUCAGCUUCUAAUUGGCCAAACAAAAAUAAUCAUAUUUUUAGAUUUGUUUUGGGGAAAAAUGUUCCAUUUUUGUCAUUUCCCUAUUUAUGAAUCGAAACUUUUGUUCUGUUUGUAUCUAGGACAAUUAGCAACAUGUUUAAUAAAUGAUUCAUUGGAAUCUUAAACCAAUGCUCGACAAGCAAUGCUUUGAUCAAAUUAAUUUGUGUAGCUCAAUCAAAAUUAUAUAAAUCAAUUAUUUCAGAUGAAGCAAAAAAAAAGUAUUAAAGAUUUUUUGUUGUUACUUUCAAUAGGAACUUGAGACAUAUGAUAGAGUUGUAUGCAUACAUUUCAUUCUGUUGAUGUUCAAAGUAAGAAACAAUCCUUUUAAGGCAGUGUUUAAUGCAUAUCGUCGUUAUACCUCAGGGCAGAUUGCUGUUCCAUAAAUUGUUCCCAGAGGUAGUGUCAUGGUUGUCAAUUGGCAGAUGUCACUUUUUUUACUUCCUUCAUUCUAUUUAUAGGCGUAAGUUACUAUGGCCAGAUAAUUUUGCAUGAGUGCAACAAACUUGCCAAAUACACUUUUUAUUUUCUAAGUUACAUACAGAGAAAUGUUUAGCUUGGCUUUGUCAAUAGUGUGAAUAGGAAACCGGCUGAAUUCAGACCUUGCAUAUUGCUGAACAAUGUAUUAAGUUGAAGCAUAAUUGAAUUACAACGGCAUCUAAUUUCUUUGCACGUACUAUGCAAAUAUUUCACGCUUCAAUUUUGAUGAUUGUUGCCCUUUACGAAUGUUAUUCUCCCUUGCUUCUGUUCUGUUUUGUUCAAUGCAUGAUAUUUUCAAUGAUAUUAUCAAUUUGUGUCAAAGAAUCCAGAUGCCCUGUCGUUAUUCUUGUUGCCAUUUAUGGGAAAAGUUAACAUAAUAAUAGUGAAUGGUUUGUCAGGAUAUCAAGUAAAAAAUCUGAUAUGUUCUCUCCCCUUUAACAAAUGUUGCCCCACUUCUGCUGGAUGUUAAUAGAACGAACUGAGGGAAUAAAAUCAAAAUUUGUCCAUUUGCUUGCUCUUGCCCUUUAAAAAAAACCUGUAUUUUCCAACGAUUAUUUUAAGAUGUGCUUCCAGAUUUGCUCAUAUAUUAAAUGGUGCUGAUUGACAUAUUUAUCUUUCCAUGUAUCCUCAAAGAAACUUGACAUAAUGCUUGGUUUAUUUUUUUCAAUGUUCCUGAACUCCUUGCAAUGAUUUCAGCUCCUUAAUCAGACACUGGUACCAAUAAUUUACAUCUAUUUUUUAUAACAAACUUACAUGAAGCUGUACAAGCUGGCAAGAAAAUGAUCAGUAAUUUUAAAAAAUUUUUUUGAAUGAGACAUAGAUGAAGAAUCCACAUGAGUCAGAGUGGAGCAGGAAAUGUUUGGCUGAAUCUUGCUUUUGAUGGAUCGUUAUAUGAUUGUUUAUCAACUGAUGCUUACAUUUAUUAAAAGUUGAUAAUUUUCUUUAGUCUAGUUAUAGAUCUCGUGUAAAUAUUGUAAUUUUAUUGAAUAUUGAAGAGAUUAAAUCAUUUUUUAAAAAAAUCAUUUAUUUCAAUCAGCCUCAGUCUGGUCAAGUAUAACUUUUCUUUAGCAUGGAUCUGCGCUUCCAUCUGUUGCUGUAUAAUAAAAUUGUCAAAAUAUAUAUUUAUAAAUUUGCUUUAAAAAUAUUAUAGCCAUAUUUAAAUAAAUAUAUUUAUUUUACAUUUAUUCCUUAUUUUGAUAUCCUGUGUUACGACAAAGUGAAUGUGAUAUUUUGAUCUGACCUUAUCAACUAUCAGCUUGUUGUCCAGUAAGAAGACUUACUUAAUAAAUAUCUAACCGAAUUCCCUACACAGUAUGGUAUCCAUUGUGCCACUUAAUGUCCAACCAACUCCUUACUUAGCAUCCAUUGGUUCCACUUACUUGGUUAAUCUCUAACUAACGCCUUACUUAGCAUCCAUUGGUUUCAUUUAAUUGGUUAAUCUCUAACCAACUCCUGACUUAGCAUCCAUUGGUUCCACUUAAUUAGUUAAUCUCUAACCAACUCCUUACUUAGCAUCCAUUGGUUCCACUUAAUUGGUUAAUCUCUAACCAACUCCUGACUUAGCAUCCAUUGGUUCCACUUAAUUGGUUAAUCUCUAACCAACUCCUGACUUAGCAUCCAUUGGUUCCACUUAAUUGGUUAAUCUCUAACCAACUCCUGACUUAGCAUCCAAUUUUCCAAUUGUUACACUUAUUUGGUUAAUCUCUAACUAAUUUCUUUACAUAGAAUCCAAUGGUUAAAUUUAUUAAAUUUCAACAUGGCUACCUAUGUACCAUGUAAUGUUCAUUCAAAGGGAUAUUAGUAUUUUUAAUAUUAAAAAAAGAAAUACAGUUUAGUUACAUAAUUUUGCGAUAAAUUUCUGAUUACCAUUUUAGGGAUUUUAACAAAUAGUUCACAAAAUAAUGAUGUUAAUUUAUUUGAGUUUGAGAUUUUUUUGUUCUAGCUAUUUGUACUUGGACGUUAUACAGGCCAAAGAAAAUAUUAGCGCCUAAACAUUUUAUUUUUAUAAAUUUUUCUUUUGGUUAUCUCAUGCGGUACAAGAAGUCAUUAGAGAGUAAUAUAAUAUCUGAUUCAUAAUAAUUUAUGCUGAGCUUGUGUUCAUUUAAAAGCUAAGAGAAAACCAUUAAAUAAUUUUUUUAUUGACAUUGAGAAUAUCAUUUUUUGACAUUAACAUCAAUUUUUUCAUUACUGAUUUACAUCAAAUUUAACAAGUUACCAUAUCAAAAUGUGCUGUGCUCCUAUGUCAAAUAGUUAAUGUUAUGGUUAAAAAAAAUUGUUGUCCCAUAAGUAUUGAAGCAAGCAUGUAUUUUUAACAAAAUUUACGUAAUUUGUGUACAAAUAUGAGAUGCUGAAUUUUGAUCUAAAUAAGUUUUUGUGUGAACUCAGUAUUAAAUCAAUGAGACCUGGUCUUAUGAAGACACUCUCUUGUGCUUGGACUCUCAUUGUUUAGAAAUAAAUUAUAGUUUUCUCUUUUAUUUUUGUACUGGACAAGAUCUACAAUGUGUGUUUUCUGUGUUACUACAUGUAUGUGUUCUGUGCUAUCUACAAUGUGUGUCCUAUGUGUUAUCUACAAUGUUUGUAUUCUGUGCUACUGUUACAUACAAUGUGUGUGUUCUGUGUUAUGUACAAUGUGUGUGUUCUGUGUUAUGUACAAUGAGUGCAUUCUGUGCUACCUACAAUUUGUGCAUUCUGUUUUGAGCAUCUGAAAAUGUUCAGUAUCAGAAUGUGAACUCAAUGGAAAUUUUUCUAUAGUUAUAAUAAUUUGUUAAUAUUCUUGAAUCAUUAUGGUCUGAAAGUUCAGUGAAAUCAAACACUAUUUAAGCACACCAAAGUUUAUUGCUUUAGUUGUUCUAUAGGUUCAAAUAGAAGGUCAACAUUUUGGUCAUUUCUCUGAUCACAUAUUUAUUUUUAUAUUUCUGACUUACCGUAUGGCUUCUACGAUAAGUAAAAAAAGUUUAAUAUUCAAAUUUCUGACUUAGUUAGUCAUAUGUUUACCUAUCAAAACCAGUUCUAACUUAUUUUGCUAUAUGUGUACCUAUCAAAACCAGUUCUGACUUAUUUUGCUAUAGGUGUAUCUAUCAAUACCAGUUCUGACUUAUUUUGUUAUAUUUGUACCUAUCAUUACUUACCAUACUAUCAUUACCUACCAUACUAUCAUUACCAGUAAAUCAUUUGAUGGUUGAUGUACAUUCAGACUUGUUUCGUUUUCUUAUUAUGCAAGUUUUUCUCAAUUCCCUCAAAUGGUGUAUUUAAAAACCAAUAAAUUAUUGUGAGCAAACAUGUGUACUUUGUUCUCUGCCUUCAUAUUUAGAUUCUCAGGCAUGGAAUCCUCCAAUAGUCUAGGACGACAGGAGUAAUUUGUUCUGUCUUCAUAUUUGAUGGACCAAAAUGAACAGUGGAGACUGCUACAGUAAUGAUGGGUCAAGUAGAGCAGUG